GGCCCCGGGAGGGCGGGGCGCACGGGCCAGCGGUCGGCGCCCGUCAGUCGCGCGUGGGGACGCAGAUUCUCGCCAUGGAUCGACCCCCGGCGCAGAAGGGGCGCGCGGGUGGGGGAAGGGGACUCCAAACCGAGGCUCUGCUGUUCUCAGGCCCGGGAUCUCCUGCCCGCGCCGCGCUACAGGGGACGCAGCGGGGUGUGUCACCGCUCGGGCGACCUCCGGCUCUCGCGUCGUAAAUCGAGAAAACCUGGGCUUUCAUGAGGCAGGAGAAGAGCACUGGAGCGAUGCCACUUUGGAGGGGAGGGCCGGGGAAUGGAAAGGAGCGGAGCUGGAGUUUCCGCUGAAACUUGGGCUACAUUGUAAAAGAAAACUUGGAGCUUUAGUCGCCCAAUUAACAUUGGUGGGGUUGAGAUAAGAGGGUCAAGAUUCAGGCCCACCGAAUUUCCCUGGACUCCUGCCUGACCUGACCGUCCAGGAGCUGUUGGGAAAUUAAACCUAAUGCACCUUGCUUGCCCUUGAGAUGAUCCCACCUCGGUUCAGUCUCAGAGAACACUAAGCAAAAGAUGGUUCUGGAGCCGUAAGGUACAUACUCCAGGAAGCCGGUAUGCCUAGUUUAUUUAGGGAGGACGCCUUGACAGCCUGCACGUCAACUUAGAAUUGAGUACCUGGAGUUGUCUCUUCCUCCAGCAGCAUCUUCCUCUGAGACCCUAGAAAACUUCUGCCCCUUCUGUCCAAAUACAAAACUCCCCUUCCUCCGUCUUGGGGGUGGGGCAGGAGCCUACUGCCCUGUGCCUCCAAGGGGGGGGGGGGGAGGUGGUAAUUAACCAACCGACUUUGACCCUUGAUCUGUAGGUUCUCUGGCUCCACCCAGGCUUUUAAGAAAGUGGGGAAAUGAGGGUGGUGAGUGAGGGGCCCUGUGUGGGUUCUUGCCUCAAUUUCCCUCUUGGGCGUAAUGGUGUUUUGUGCCAGACCUUCCAGGAUCCGGUGGCUGGUAGGAUGUUUUACAUUAACCUUACUUAAGGGUCUGUACGGCAACUCUGAAGGCUUCUUAAACGAGGGAAUGGGCCAGAAGGCCCUAGAAUUUCCAGUUGUGGAGGAACAGGAGGCAAAAAGGGAAGGGAGCCUCCGAACCUGAGGUGUGGGCUUGGGAUUUUGUGAUUUGUGCCUGGCUGUAUGUGCCGGCCAGUGCUCCACCUCCAGAAGGGCUGGUGAGGGACACAGCCUGCUCCUUGCUCCAGCCUCCUCCCCAGCCUGUGUUUGACUUGCUGCUUAGGUGCUCCUUAGGAUCUGAUAACUGACCUUGGACUGUGUGAAAGGUGAGCUUGUCUUGAGCCAGGCUCAGAGUGCUGUUGUUUUUGUUUUAUUUCACAUCCCAGACCAGACGUUGACUUUUACAAAGGACAAAGACAUUCUGCUAGUUCAAAUCAUUAAGACUUCCUUGGGUUCCAGAGAUUUUCCCCAGUACAGAUCUGAGGGACAUGAAGACCAGAGAUCUGGUCCCAUGGCCUGUCCCAUUAGGUAGAUAGGAGGCCUCUGGGUGGUCACUACCACCCAUGACUGCUGUCCUAAGGAGGAGGCAUGCCGGUAGGUGCUUCCCUCCCUCAGGGCUGCCCAGGGUGGGAAAUAAAGCUCUUGUAAGAAUCCCCCUCAUUGCUGAGUCCUGUGGGUAGAAGUUACAGGACUUAAUUUUCCCUACAUGUCAGGUGGGCCCCUGGAGCUACAGUUUUUCCCACAGUUUUGGAAAUAAAAAAGGGAAUGGACCCGUUUGUUCUAUGCUCGGAUGCCUCGGAUGGCUGGAGUACAGAGGGUAUGUUUUGUCUCCGGGCUGAGCCAUUCCACCAGCAGCCAACCAUGACCCCAGGAGCUGGCUGGGCACGUUUCUGUCACUCCACUUCACAGACUCUUGGAGCAUGUUUUGACCAGCUAAGCAGCAACCCCAUUUCCAGUGGUAGGGCUGGGAAUAUGGGAGUGCAUGAGUUCUGACCUUCCCUCAAGGGCUCUCUGAGAACCUCAAAGCAUCAUGAAGACCACCUAGAGGGGAAGGUUUACCAUAUACUGAGGAUGCUGGGUUAUUGGGCCUGACCUAGAGAGACCCUUCACAAUCCCUUCAACUAUCCUCCUCACAAGCUUCUAGAAUCUUCUCCCACGGCAGUCAUUGUCAUUCCUUCAGCUUUGCCGAGAGCUGAGAGCUGGUAGCCUGCACCAGAAGGCAGGCGAGUGAGGACAUGAUUCUAUUCUCUACCUGAGACAGCACAGUUUAGGGGUUUGCUUGGCUCCUUUCCACCACCCACUUUAUUUGGUUGGGUGUUCUCUGCUGACAGGAAGGAUGGUGGAUUUUAUUUAUUUAUUUAUUUAUUUAUUUAUUUAUUUAUUUAGAUGAAAUAGGCCCUUGUAGCUGGGGCGAAUACCAUUCCCACACUAUGGAAGGGAAGGGUUCAGGGACUCACCUUGCAGCCAUUCCUCUAAAGCUGGUCCUUGCUGACUGAAGUCACAGGAAGGACUUAGGGACAGACUAAGCCUGAGCGCUGGAACUCCAGGAGAAUUGCAGAUGCAGUCCCCCCACUUACACACCUCCCCCCCCCCCGGCUAAUAACCCAGCUUGCUGGUGUGUUCCGGUGGCACAUGUCCUAAGCUCUGAAGCUAGGCGUGGUGCACACACCUGAAAUCACCAUACUUGGAAGGUGAAAGCAGGACAGCUUCAGAUACAUAACAGCCUUGAGGCCAGCCUUGGCUGUCUGAGACGCUGUCUCAAACAAACAAACAUACAAGCUAAAGCCCAGGCUGAAAUGCAGGAGACAGGGCUCCUCCAGCUAAGGUGGCCCAGCCUGACACUGCUGCUAGAUAAUGUAGGAACUUAACCACUUCUUUCAUUGUCUGAGACAGAGUCUUACUGUGUGGUCCUGGAACACACUUCAGACCAGGCAGUCCUGGAACUCAAAGAUCUACUGUCAAGACACGGUUUCUCUGUGUAGUCUUGGCUGUCCUGAUACUCUUUUGUAGACCAGGCUGGCCUUGAACUCAGAGACCUGCCUGCCUCUGACCUCUUGCCAGGCUGAGUGGGACCAGCUGAAAAGUCAGCCAUGAGCUGCUGCUUCGUGUAGCGUUGUGGGAAGGCCAAGCUGCUUUCAGGGUCGUUCUACCAGCGGCUGAGGACACUGGGCAGUGAAGGGGUCAGCUAGGUUCUCACCUGUCUUAAGACACUAUCACCCAAGCUGCUAAGAUAUUUGCCCAAGCAUGGAUGUAGUAAAGCAGAAGCUGUCAAACUGUCCUAGAAAAGAUGGCGAGAACAGUGUUCCAGGCCUGUGGCGAAGAGGGAGUAACCGUUGUCAGAGUUCGUAUCACUGUUCAUUUUCGGCACACAACGUAUGACAGGCAGGGGGAGCUUGGCCGGUGCUGGCUGAGAGGCUGAAGGGUUGCCACAGGAAGGACAGUUCUCAUCCCAUCAGAGCCAGCCCCCUUGUUGCCGUGAGAACCAAGAGUUCAGUCUAACUUCAGCAUAGGCACUGAGUGAAGUGAAGGCAGUUGGGAAAAGGGACAAAUCCUGCCUGGAGAAUGCUGACAUUAAAUAGAAGGGCCACAAAAGGCUGAGAGGUGGGCCUGUCCUGCUGCAGCAUCUGCAGCUGGCUGCUGCUGUUCCUUUCAGGUAAUUGCUAGCUGCCCUGCAGGUCUGAGGGAGCUGAGCACUGGGGACCCAGCCUCUCCAGAUCAGCGUGCAAGGCAGCCUACAACAGACCUACAUUUAGAACAGAGUUGGGGGUUGGGGAUUUAGCUCAGUGGUAGAGCGCUUGCCUAGCAAGCGCAAGGCCCUGGGUUCGAUCCCUAGCUCCGAAAAAAGAAAAAAAAAGAAAAAAAAAAAGAACACAGUUGGUCGGGGUUGGGGAUUUAGCUCAGUGGUAGAGCGCUUGCCUAGCAAGCGCAAGGCCCUGGGUUCGAUCCCUAGCUCCGAAAAAAGAAAAAAAAAGAAAAAAAAAAAAGAACACAGUUGGUCGGGGUUGGGGAUUUAGCUCAGUGGUAGAGUGCUUGCCUAGCAAGCGCAAGGCCCUGGGUUCAGUCCCCAGCUCCGAAAAAAAGAAAAAAGAAGAAGAAGAAAAAAAAAAGAACACAGUUGGUCUACAUGGUUGAUCAUCUGGGGACCCAAAAGUUCAUGCAUCUGCACAUCAACUUAGCUUGCUCUCCCCAGAAAGCUGGGGAUUCAGGCAGGCCUCACAGGCAUCCCUACCUUGAGGCCUUUUAUGGGCUAAGACUUGCCAGUCACUUGGGCCCGUGGUUGAAAGAAAGCCCUGUGGAGGAAAAGGUGGGAGAUGGCCAUUGGACAGGCUGCCUUUUCAAAUCUGGCCGGCUGCUUCAGGCCAGCUCUGUGACAUCUCCCAGGUAAAGGCAACAGGAGAGAACUUCGAAGCCCCUGAGGGAGGAGGAAGAGGGCUAGCUGGGCUGUCCUUGCCACACUCAGUGGCUGUGGGCGGAGGGAGGCGAUGAGUAGUAGCUACAGUGGUCACUGCCUUGCCGGAAACAUCUAAUUAGGAGACAGGAGUGCCAGCAACACCCAACCAGUUUUGCCUCCUGCCAUCCAGUGAUACUCAGGAUAGGCGGAUAGCACACGACUGAAUCCUCCCUGUGCGUGCAGCCCUGGCAGAGACACAUGUGUGGGGGUGGCAGGGAGACAGGUUUGGUGGGGUGGGUAAGUUGAGGCAAACAUCCCCACCCUGGCAGACUUACUAGUGGCCCUUUGCUCUAGGUAGACACAGCACAGAGUGCUCAUCCAGCCAGCUCUGUCCUCAGCAGCCUUUCCAGGUUUGUGCAGAAGAACAAGGGUAGGCAAGGGCUCCUCCUCUACGGUGGAUCCUCGAACUCCUAACUCAGCUUCCGUUCAUAGAGCCAAGGAGCCAAGUAUGACACCUCACCUCACAGGCUGUCACUCUACCUUCUGCUCAUACCAUAUCCAGGGCAUGUAGCUGGGCUGUUUUUCAAAAGUCUCACCCAUCUGUACCAGCUCGAAUGGCAGACUGAGGAUGGUAGAGAGUUCCAUUUUUCUCAACUUGGGUUGAGAAGUGGAAAUUGCCAGCCAGGUGUGAUGGUGCAUGCCUUUAAUCCCAGCGCCUGGGAGGCAGAAGUAGGAAGAUCUCUGUGAGUUCAAGACCAGCCUGGUCUACAAAGCAAGUGCAAGUCCAGGACACCCAGGGCUAUUAGACAGAGAAAUCCUGUCUCAAAAAACAAAACAAAACAAAAUAAAACAAAAGUGAAAAGAAAGUGGAAAUUGUCAUCUAGCUUUGGACUUUCAUCUAGGGUCUGUCAGGUGAGUGGGUAUGAGAGCCACCACUGCUACUGCCUACGUCUGUCACACAGGUAUAGGCAGACCCCUCUCUGAAAGCUGGCCUCAAAGCUUGAGCCAAACACCAGUCAACAUGGCUCAGAGAGAGGUGGGACGCCAGCUCCGGUGGCAGACCAGGGCCAGGAGCUGGUGAAUCAACUCCUGGAAUGAGGUGUCUCAUUAAGGUCCCCCCUCAGCCCCCGGACAGACGGACGCCAGCGCUAGAAGAACGGGUUCUGGGCGGCAGGCGGGCGCAUUCUUCCUCUGUCAGACCUUUGUUGUGUUUUGAGGGGGCGAGAACUGGGCCUCUCCCGAAACUCAAGCACUUUUAUGUUUAUCUUCCCCCACAGCCCUGGCGGUCCUCUAGAAGAGGAAGGCAGUAGCCUGAGCCUAGGUCCUUACCCCACCCCCACCCACUGACGCCUCCGGCUUGGAAUAGAGUAUUCUGAAACCUCAAGUCUAUCCCAGUUGGACCCAUUCAUCCUUUUUGUACUGGGCCCCUCUUGACUUUUCCUUUUGAAACUAGGAGACUUCCUAAUUUUUAUGCUUUUAAAGCACAGAGCUUGGGUUGUAUUGGCUAAUUGGAAAAUUAGACUUGUCUGAGCUCUGUUGGCCUUGAGACGUAUUGCCUCUGUUUCUUUGUCUGUCCUAUAAGAUUGAAACUCAGGGUUCCAGCCCAGCCUUGCAGUCCCGGCCCGUUUAGUUCAAGGUGUUUGUUGAGGGGAGCGGCCUUGUCAAAGGGCUGCCAGGUAUCGGUGAUGCCACGGCACUGCCGGAGGGCGCCUAGCCUGACUGCCACAGUGAGCGGUCCCGUAGUGGGGGAGGGUUGUGUAAGAGCUGGGCACGGUGCCCAGAGACUGUUACGAGCAUCCACCUGCUGCUCCCUGACCUCCUCCCUCUCCACCCACCUGGCCUGUUUGCUGACAGAGUUGUGCCCAGCCUGAGCCAAGGAGUCCUGGUGGGCUACAGUACAGUGGCAUGACUGGCCAGGUCAGGGAAGGAAAGGCUGGGACCACCCAACCAAAAGGUCUGCCUUAUAGAAGAGGUCCAGAGUGCCAAGGACCCUUCAAGGACUAGAAUGAGCCUGAAGGAGCGUUCCCUGGCCAGGGCCUCCAAUGGUGCCCUUUGUCCCUAGAGUAAGGACAUGCUGGAAUCCAGAGCGACUAGCCCAGGUGGGGCAGGCGGACACUUCGCCACAUAACAAUUGGCAGGGCAACUCAGUCCUCCCAGUUCCGCUAAGACAAGUUACUCAGGGGGCAGUGACUCUUGGCUGGCAUCACCUGUAAUUACCUUAAUGGGGCAGGAGGGAGGUGCCACAUCUGAUGGCCUAGGGGCCCGCCCUGCUCCGCCACAUGCCUGCAACUGGAGGAAGGGAGGCAGAAAUGCCAGGUUUUCCUUGCUUGGGAAUUUUCCUGGAACCCUGAUAGGCCUUUUCUCCACCCACCCUCACCCAGCUGUUCUCCCUCCAGUCAGCCUCGGCUUCUGCCCACCGCAGCCCUACCUCGAACCAGAGGCGUCAGUGGCCGAGCCCCCUUCUUGCCCCCUGGCUUUGGACAUGAGCCUUCGAGACUCCAGCUAUGGUGUGGCCUCAGGACCCUGCGAGGUGGCUCAGCUGCCCCCUGAGGAUGUGAACCAUCUGACGGAUCCCCAGAGCAGAGACCAGGGCUUCCUACGAACCAAGAUGAAGGUGACCUUGGGGGACAGUCCAAAUGGAGACCUUUUUACCUGUCACAUCUGCCAGAAGUCCUUCACCUACCAGCGCAUGCUGAACCGACACAUGAAGUGUCACAAUGAUGUCAAGAGGCAUCUCUGCACUUACUGUGGGAAGGGUUUCAAUGACACCUUUGACCUCAAGAGACAUGUCCGAACCCACACUGGUGUGAGGCCCUACAAGUGCAGUCUGUGUGACAAGGCCUUCACCCAGCGCUGCUCUCUGGAGUCUCACCUCAAGAAGAUCCAUGGUGUGCAGCAGAAGUAUGCAUAUAAGGAGCGCCGGGCCAAGCUGUAUGUGUGUGAGGAGUGUGGCUGCACUUCUGAGAGUCAGGAGGGCCAUGUCCUGCACCUCAAGGAACACCACCCUGACAGCCCACUGCUGCGCAAGACCUCCAAGAAGGUGGCUGUGGCUCUGCAGAACACUGUCACAUCCCUGCUGCAAGGCAGCCCCCAUCUCUGAGCAGCACAGGCUCUGGAAGGACCAGGUUCACUUCCUGCUGCUCAGCCAUUCGCCUUCCUGCAACCUCUUGCUAGAACACCAGUGAUCGGGACCAGUGCUCCACCGCCUCACUCCAGGCACACUCGCACAAUUAGGCACUGACUUCCGCUAGGUUUGGGAAGUCUGUCUUUCGGGCAGAGCCCACUCUGAGCUUGGGACCGUGGGUGCCUGUGUCCAGGCAGGGGUGAGGCCGAGAAAGUAAAAAGAGCUGCGGAUAGACACAGGCCAUUUCACUGCAGCAGGACUUUGCAGAUGUGCUGAGAGGGGAUCCCGAGGACAAGAUGGACGACGGACGCCCAUGGAGAGCAGAAUCGAGACACCAGCAGAGAGCACCUGGCAAACAACUGCAGUGGUGGUGCUGGCCGCAGCCCUCAUGCUCGCAGGGCUAGCGCUCAGGGUUCCAGGGGCUCUCUCCCCUGCAUCAGAGGCCCACCUGUGAACAGCCGUGCGUGUGUGUGUGUGUGUGUGUGUGUGUGUGUGUGUGUGUCACACUGCUCUCUGUGAUCUCUUCACGUGUGUGUGUGCACUCCUGUUCUUCCCACAUAUCACCUCAUUCGUAAGAAGCCAACACAAGGUGCCAAGGAGGUUUUAUUUCCUUUUUUUUUUUAAAGAUGACAAAUGUACAGAUAUUAAUAUAUUUUUGGUGCCCACAGUAAGACUGUUUAGUAAGAUUAAAAGGGGGAGGAGCUGGCUUUCUCUCCACCCCCAUUGGUUCUAUUUAUCCUGGACAUUUCAAACCUCCUCUGUGCCUUGGUUCUGGGGUGGUUAUGCAGACCCACCCUGUUCUCUGAGAUGUUUCAUUAAAGACCUUCCUCCUGCUCCGCCCAGCAGAUGGACAGAUGGACUGUCCCUCCUGUCCUUCCCCUGGACAGAGUCUCGCCUCUUUCCCCCCUCCCUGGCUCCACAUCCUUCUCAGGGCCUCAGUUUUCCUGCUAAGCCUGAUGAGCCCUGACUGGGUGUGGCCCAAGGCUGAGGGUGGGUCCUACUGAUGGUCUUCAAGCAGAUGGGAUGGCGAUUUGACACCAAGUCCAAGUCCACAUCUGAGGUUCUAAGGUAAGGGCAAGAACAGGCUGGGAGUCUAGGUUUAUUUCUUCGCUAAGUCAAAAAUUCUUGAGUAGCAGCAAAAUUUGAGACAGAAUAAUAAUCCACAUACCAGAGACUUUGAGAGGGAGCAUGUAGGCGGCUAAUAAAGCUUCUCUGUUGUCUUUCUUCUGUUUCCCAAAUGCCUUUGGGCCGAGUGGCUCCCCUGAGGAAGUAGGCCUUUGUCCACUGGUGUUUCUGGGUAUCCUGCUGAGACCAAACAAGGGUUGUGGGUCAAAGGGUGUAUGUCUCACGCACCCAAGGAGUUAUAGCCGACCUGCAGGGGUUAAGAGACGCAGACCCGGAACAUGGCGGGCUGGGAAGCCCUUGAAUGCCCAACAGUCCGACCUCCCUGCCUUAUGUGUGUAGCACACAGAUGACACAGGAUCUGACCCCAGCACGGGCUCUCAAGAGAACGAAGUCAAGUCUUCCUAGGCUAUCUCUGAACUCCGUGUGGACUGAUCUGAAGACUUGUUUAAUGUUUCCUCAGCGUGUCUGGGCUACUGCGCUCUUAAGUUCUCGAAUGUAAAAGUCACCACGACUGGAAGCACUGUGUUAGAUCUGUGUCUGUUAGCUCAUUGCCAAUCUGGGGCUGUCAUAAGCUUUGUGUUGUCUGUCUUGUUUUAUAAGCUCCUAGCCAGCCAGUAAAGUGAGAGAACUAAUAUUUUCUGUACUUCUGGGUUUUUGUUGUUUGUGUUUUCCCCUUGGACCUUUUUUCUUCAUGCAAAGAAAUUCAUUAAAACAACUGCUGUUUCUUGCCAAA